AUGAUGUCUGGACUGAACAUUCUCCCAUCGUACACUGAUUACUUCCAUCUGAAUACUGCAACUUUCGCUCUUCAAUCCGCCAUUGGUUGGGCUGGGACAGCAACUGCUGGGCUCUUCUAUGGUCAAGUCACCGAUUGGAUUGGACGAAAGAAAGCCAUGUGGCUCAGUGCCGUGAUCACACUCGUCGGAGUCAUUUUACAAGUAUCAGCACAGAAUAUUGCCAUGUUUGUGAUUGCUCGUUUCGUCGUGGGCCUAGGCAACGGUACCGCAUUUCUCUGUGGACCAGUUUAUCUUUCGGAGACGCUUACUCUGAAGUGGCGAGGUGUGGGAUUAGGAAUAUUUAUGUCGUUCUUUUAUGUCGGGGGACUCCUGGCAGCAGGUAUCACGUAUGGAACCGCCAAAUUGGAUUCCACCUGGGCGUGGCGUCUUCCUUCGGCCUUGCAAGGGGUUUUGACCCUUAUCUCGGUGACAGUUCUGCCGUUUGUUCCGGAAAGCCCUCGCUGGUUGGUUUACCGUGGGCGUCAAGCGGAGGCCAUGUCGGUCCUUGCAGCAACAUAUGCUGACGGCAAUCGGGAGGACCCUGUCGUGAUGGUCACUUACAAGGAAAUCUGCGACGUACUUGAGCGCGAGGUCACCGAAGGGCAAAGACUAAAUCCAUAUAUGCUUCUCAAAAAUCACCAGAAUCUUCGAAGGCUGGCGCUGUGCCUUUCGGUUGCUGCCAUUACCAUGCUCUCGGGUAACAACAUCAUCUCUUACUAUCUAGGAAAGAUGUUGGAUAAUGCGGGGAUUACAAACACCAACACGCAGCUGGAGAUCAAUAUUAUUCUCAACGCAUGGUGCCUUGUCUGUGCUCUUGUGGGCACAUUCACUCUGGACGUAGUAGGACGAAAGCCUCUAGCCAUUGUCUCAAGUGUCGCGAUGACAGUUUUCAUCUUCUUGGUUGGAGCCUUGACAAAGCGCAACAGCAACUCGUCCGGAGUCUAUGGCACCGUGGCGCUGAUAUUCCUAUUUCAAGGCUCCUAUAGUCUUGCCUGGACACCACUUGCCAUGCUUUAUCCUCCAGAAGUUCUCAAUUACUCACUUCGAUCGAGUGGGAUAGGAGUGUACACAUUCGCAUCCAACGGGCUGGGAUUGAUGGUGACAAUGUCUUUCCCGUAUGCCCUGGACGCCAUCGGGUGGAAAACUUACAUGAUUAAUGGUUGUUGGGACGUGUUGCAGGUGGUCUAUGUGGUUAUUUUCUGGGUGGAGACCAAAGGAAAGACUUUGGAAGAAGUUGACGAGCUAUUCGGCGUCGAACCGAGUUCAGGAGUGCCACAUCUGGCUACGGUGAUCCAGGGUGUCGAGCCUGGUUUGCGACUUCGCGGCUCAACCGACCUGCCUAUAGCGGCCCCGCUGACUGAAACCAUGGGGAAGCAGUAG